CUCUCUGGUCACACUCGCGCAGCAACAAAACACAAAUCUGGCGUAAUUAAUCUUUUUUAUAAAUAAACCCACAAACUUGGCAUAAAAACCCUCAAGUGUAUAAUUAAACAAGAGCAGUAAGAGAGAAGUUAAGUCGCAGUUAUUGCGUAAACAAGUGCCGCCGACUUCCGUCACAUUUACGGAUCACGUACCGAAUAACACCACCCUUCCUCUGCUUCUGACUGACGUAAUUACUUGGGCGCAAAAGCAUGAAAACCCCCGUAUCCGCUGCUGCUGCUGCUGCUAGCAGUUCGGUUCCAAACACCGUCCAGAUCAUACCUAAAACGGAACCCGUCGGUGAAGAAGGUGUUGUCGCCGCCCCAAUGUCACUGGACUUCCCAACGCCCGGACUAGCCACCUCCACGCCCAACAAACGUCCCGGCUUCCUUGACCUGAAUGCAAAGGGUGCCAAGAAUAAACGGAUUAUAGCUCCGCUGGUCAUCAACUCACCGGAUCUGCAGGCCAAGACCCUGAAUACGCCCGAUCUGGAGAUCAUACUGGCCAACAACCUGAUUCAGACCCCGCAACCGGGCAAGGUCUUCCCCACCAAAGUGGGUCCCGUCACCGUCGAGCAGGAGGCCUUCGGCAAGGGCUUCGAGGAGGCGCUGCAGAAUUUGCACACCAACUCGCAGGCCUUUCCAGCCGGAAGCCAAGCUGCCGCUGCGGCUGCUGCUGCCGCCGCCGCCGUUGCUGCCGUGGGGUCCACAGCCACUGCCGUGAACAACGGCAUUAGCGGCGGAACCUUCACCUACGCCAACGAGGCCAACGGUUCGUUCAUCAUCAAGGACGAGCCACAGAAUCCGGUUGGUUCACCCACCGUUAGCCCCAUCGACAUGGAGACGCAGGAGAAGAUCAAGCUGGAGCGGAAGAGGCAGCGGAAUCGUGUGGCCGCCUCCAAGUGCCGCAAGCGCAAGCUGGAGCGCAUCUCGAAGCUGGAAGACCGCGUCAAGAUCCUCAAAGGCGAGAACAUUGAUCUGGCGGGGAUUGUGAAGAACCUCAAGGAUCAUGUGGCUCAGCUGAAGCAGCAGGUGAUGGAGCACAUUGCCGCCGGAUGCACAGUGCCCUCGAAUCCCACGGGCGCUCUGCUUACAGACAAAUAACAUUUGGACAUAGCCGCCGAGGAGCUGCAGCAGGAAGAUGUGGCGGCGGCACUGGACAAUGAAACUUCAUCGAAUUGUCAACUAUUAGAGCAGUCCAUGCCGCUGGAGCUCUUCCUCAGUGCCGCCACAACAAGUGCCUUGGAGCUGGAGGCCUCUGGCGACUCGCCGGAACUCUCCUUGAAUGGCAGCGAUUUGCUGGAGGAAGAGGAUAACGAAAACGAUCAGCCACUGGUGCUCUACAUCCUCUCUGACGACGGAACCUGAUAGGAAUGUGCCUUCUUCCUUGACUUCGUACAACGGCUUCUGGUUUUUGGCCUUUAGUUGCAAUAUAUCCGGAAUGCUUCUCAA